AUCAAGCACAGAGUUUCCGACGGAGUUGGAUAGCCUGCCAGCCACUGCCGCCUUAUCACUAUAAAGGGAAGCCACCUCUUCUUUCAAACGCUUCCACCCAGCAUUCCAUAACACUAUCCCAGAAUGUCUGCCAUCACCCUUCCUGCCGCUUUCCCCGUCGUCGGUAUUCCUAUCUUCGCUACCUUUCUCCUCAACACGUGGCAGCAAAUUCUUGUCAUGAAAGCGCGUAAGGAGUCUGGCGUCAAGUACCCUACAUUAUAUGUCCCCGAGGCCGAGGCUGCUGCCGAUGCUAAAAAGAUGAAAUUCAACUGCUGCCAGCGUGCUCACGCCAACACUCUCGAGAAUAUUCCCUACGUCCUCGCUUUCUUUGGUUUCCUCAGCGUUUUCCACCCCAAGAUCGCCUCCGCUGCCAUGCUCAUGUGGGUUAUUGGCCGCGUCCAAUACACUGCAGGCUACGCUUCUGGUGACCCCGCAAAGCGUAUCGGCAAUAUCUACAGGAUCUCGUAUCUUGGGUUUUUCACCCUUGCCUUCGGAACUCUUGGUGUUGCAGUUCAAAAGAGCUGCUCGGUCCUCUUCUAAUCAUAUGGAUAUUGGUCUUUCUGAUCGGAAUAAUAUAUGUACAAUUGUUUCAUGCGA